AUGCCUAAAUACCAAAAACAAAAUGGUGUUAAUUUAACUCCUUAUGAUAAAAAGAAACCAAGAAAAAUUUUUUCAAAAGAAAAAAUUAACUUUUAUGUUUCUAAAAAAGAAUGGCAAAUGAAUCUAAUUCUUCUUGAAAAUUCUCUUAUUAAUUGUUAUCCUUGUCUAGAAGAACAUUUAGAAGCGAUUAAAAUUUUGAAAAAUAUUCAAAAAGACCAAGCUUCUCAAAUUGAAGAAAUUAAAGGCAAAAUAUCUAUCAAUAAAAAAAAUGAAACUAAAUUUAAAGAUGAAACUGUUGAAGAGGUAGAAGAGAUUGAAGAA